CGCUUUAACUAUGAGUUUGUACGGGUAAAGCGAGGCAGCCGGGAUUCUUCGUCUGGUGUUUCGUCUGAUUCUGAUGACGAUCGUGAAGCCUACGCCAAACCUAAACAUGUAGAAGAGCAGACACGUGAUAUAUUAUCACGUCCAUAUUAUAGACCUGAGGAAGCCGUUGAACAACAGAUCCAGUAUAACACAUUUCCGAUACGGAAUGGCCGGCGUUAUCGCGGGCGUCUCUCUAGAAAGAAGAAAAACUUAUUGAAACUUAUUGAAGAAGAAACCAAAUUGAAGAUUGAAUAUGACAUAAUGAAUGAUCAGCUUCAGAAGUUAGCCACUGUAACUGAUCCACUGAAUGAAACGAACCAAUCGAGACACUUUUAUGAAGGAAUGUCCCGCGGAGACCUCUACGAAGGAAUGUCCAGCGGACACGUUAACUUUGACGAAGGAAUUUCCAGAGGAAUGUUGAUGCAUACAAAUAUCAGGAGUGCCACCAGUUAUAACCGAGCUGACGCUUUUGAAUCGGACAAUGAUCCUACUUUAAAGAAGAUUUCAAACGAAUUUCCAAGAGUUGCAGAGGCGUUUUCCAAGAAAGACAGCAAAUUGGAAUAUAACAAAAUUGAACAAACUGUAGAGAGGGCUACCGGAGAGGAGAACCUUGGACACAGACCAUCAGAUGAUAUAGAAAUGAUAGCCCAGGAAUGUGAAAUAAGCUUAUUUCCAUUUUUCAAUGAAAGCUUGUCGACAACGACAGGCAUAAUGAGGAUUUCUAAACAGGACCUGAAAGACUAUGAAGAUUUACUGGAUUUAUCAUUUACCCAAAAUGAACUUAUACUAUUCAGAACAAGGAGUUUGAAUUUGCCAUUCGAUUUUGUUCGUAAUACAAAAGUAUAUACCACCACGUCAAUGUAUGAUGUAGCACAAGAACUAAAGCAGACAAACAAAAUUGGUUUGAUUGUUGUAGAUAGUUCACAAAAGAACAUUGUUGUUGAAGCUUUGAAAACAACUGGCGCCCGCAACGUUGGUGUCCUAUUAAUCGGCGAAAUGGACGAAACUCCAGUUCUUCCAUACGUUUAUUUUAGCUGCACGCAGUCCAAUUCGAUCAUUAAUGAUGCUGACCGCUUGUUGGAACGUUGUGCCUUUGGUGUACUAAAACAAGUUUAUUUGGAAAUGAAGUUGAACUUUUCAAGCUCUAUCAGUGCAUUGAAGACAGAAAAAGAGAAACAGUGCCUUCAAAAUAUUUAUGAUAUGAUUAGCGCAUCGUUUAAGCGAAGCAGGGUCCCAAUAGAAGAAUUGCCUAGCAUUCCAGAUGAAAUAUUUGACUAUUCAACGAAUUUCGACACGGCUCUAGAAGUUAUUCUCAAGAUCCCUACCGUUAUUGGAUGCAAGAAAUGUCGCGGAAUGCUUCAGAUUUACAUCCACUCAUCUGCUGAUUCGUCUGACGAAGAUCAUAUAAGAAGCAUGCUUGCGAAAUAUGAGGUCGACAAGAUUCAUUUUAGUCGAAGAAUAACAAAACAACUUUGUUGUUCUGGCGAUUCAUUAUUUGGAGGUCAAGGAACUCUUGGAGGGUUUGUUUUAAAACACAAAUCAACAUUCGUCUCAGUGAGAGAUCAAGCACUGGUACCCGUCGCAGUACAGGCUGCCUCAAUCGACACUUUAGUAGCUCUUGUUUCAAGACAUGUAGUCCAGACAAAUCAAACUCUACUUGUUGACGGUAUGCAGCAGCCCAUUGGCCAUAUUGCUCAGAUUAGGUCUGAUGAAGAAAUAGACAUUUGGCCAGUAGAUGUUGAUGAUGCUUGUAGAGCAAUGUGCGACACCGCGUUUAGGACAGAACAUUGUGUGCGGAUGAGGGUUACCCAAUUACGAAAAAAAGAAAAUAUACAGGAGUUAAGAGGAGCACCAGUGCACAUUUGGGGCGCACAAUCAAAACCUGGCCUAGGCACUCUUUAUGGUUUUGACUUAAGAGAUCGUAAUGGUCUGAAUGUCAUUGUUCGCGACCGCACUCACGAGGCACCUUUCGCACAAGAGGGAGACAGCGGUGCUAUGGUUUGCUACUAUGAUGCACGCAAUGGUGGGAUGCUAUACGCAAUUGCAAUGGUUGGGAAAAUAAUGCGUGAAAGCGACGGUUCCGAGCAAGAAUACAUAGCUCAGAUUGUGGAUGAUGCUCUUCAAAAACUUGCCAUAUGGAAUGAAUGCGAGUACGAGUUCGUUGGAUAG